AUUGACGUCUGCGCACAACAACCAAUAAGAGUCGAGGGAGAGCCAAUCAGCGGUGAGACCGUUUCUGCGUCAGUGACGUGCCGUCAGUGCGUACUCAGAGCUCGCGUGCCCUUGGCGUUUGAUAAACUCCAGAAUCAGUUUUCUAAGGAUGGGUUUCCUGCUCUCCAAGUCCAUGGAGCAGAACUUCCAGAAACAGCAGGAGUUCAUGCUGCUCAACGCGCGGAUGCAGUUGGAGCGUCAGCUGCUGAUGCAGAAUCAGAUGCGUGAGCGUCAGAUGGCGAUGCAGGUCGCCUGGUCCAGAGAGUUUCUCAAGUACUUUGGUUCCUUCUUUGGUUUGACUACGCUGGGUCUCACUGUCGGAGCCGUCAAAAAGAGGAAAGCUGCUCUCCUGGCUCCUGUGGUUCCUCUGAGCUUCAUCCUGGCGUAUCAGGUGGACGCGGCGUACGGGUCGCUGAUUCACCGCAUGAGGGAGGAGGCCGAGAGCAUCAUGGCGUCUGAGAGCGAGCGUCUGGCUCUUCCUCAGGGAAUGCCUACGUUCGAGAGCAUCGAGAAAUCUCGCCGGGCCAAAGCUCAUCUCUCGUCUCUGCUGGAGAAAUGAGGAAUCCUGACGUCACCGAUCGACUGCAGCAACGCUGACGAACGUUUCCUCAAUUAACCGACGGAGGAAAUUCCACUGAGAAACACUCAAAGGAAGAGAAUUUCAGACCGAUCUCAGUCCUUUAACAUGAAGCCAAUAUUUCACCCAAAAUAGUUUUGGGUUUCAUUGAUCAUCACGCGAUCGGUCGACUCUCAGGUGUUUGUUCACACGUAUUGCCUAAUAAUGUUUGAACGCAUGUCGAGAGAAUAUGAUUAAAAGAUGCUGUGUGUGCGCGUUCAUCUUUGUACUUACUCGCUAUUAUAACGGAGAAUCUGACUGUGUUCCGUUUUUAUUGUGAUCGUGAUCUUUGUGUCCAACAAUAAAUCGUUAAAGCGGAUUUUAAUGUCUUUCUUCCAUAACGUGCAGAGAAUUCUCUGUGUUCAUUUGUGUGAUGCGAUACCACAACGUUGUAAUUUGGGCUGAUUUUAUUAAAACAUGACUCUCAAAAUGAAGCCAAUGUCUGCUCAUGAAAAUAAAACAGAUUGUGUAUCUUCUAUGAUCUUC